UGAAAAAAUCGAUACUACGUGAUGUAAAUAUAAUAUGCAAAUGACCAUAAUAGCGUUGGCGCAGGAAAUUUAGAACUUGUUGAUUUUCCAUUUUACUCUUGCGUGUGACCUAAGGGGUAAUUGGAGCUUGGACCCAAGGGGUGAAUAUUCUCUUCGGCUUUAAGUAAGCAGUUGAGAUUCGUGACCCUUGUAGUGCUAAACUGGUGCAAAUGUCCAAGCCAGAAAGCGAGAUUUUGGAUCUGGAAGAUAGGGAUCCGCAACGAAUUAAUCAGCAUCUUGAGGUUUCAUGGGACACUUUAAUAGGAGAACCGCAGUCCCUGAGAAGUCCAGAAUGCGCUUGGACACUAAGCCAGUACUGCUUCAGAUUCUCCAGAAUUGGUGUUUACACUUGCCUAUCGGUAUUGUUUGCACCAAUAGCAGCCUGUUUCGUUGGCACUUGUUAUGCCGUGUUUUAUUUUCAAUAUAUAUGGUGCUCAGUGCCCAGUUUAUGGUUGUGCAAGGCAACUUGCGGAAUUACCCGAUCGUUUGUUAGAGCUUUCACUCAUGGCUGCUUAAUUCCGAUUACCACAGGUUUUGGAUACGUUCUGUCUGAAAUCAAAGUAAAAACUCAAAAAGUUCAAGAACCUGCUGAGACCAAAGAAGAAGAUGAUCAAGUUUUCAUUAUAUAAAUAUACUUUCUUGACGUAAAACUUCUACAUUAAUUGCAUUGGAAAAUCAGUCGAGGUUUAAAAAAACCGUGUUCAAAUCAAAUACUUUAUUAAUUCAUUGAAGCAUUUUUGCGUUAAUUAUUACGUUAUUAUUAGUUUAGUAUUAGUUAGCCAUUCAUUAGCUACUGUUUAAUAACAUUUUUUGACGGAUACUCUUCAACAAUAUGCUUAGUGCAAAUGCAUUAUUUCAUACUGUUUCGUAAAAAAAUAAUUUUCGAUAUGAUGAAAUUGUUUGAAAAGUAUGUGCGACAGAAAAUUUUCGCAUUUUAUGUUAAGUUCAGUAUAUUAAUUUAAACUCAUUUAGUUUCAAAGCCAGCAAAUGAAAUACAUGUUCAUAUAAAUUACAUUUUUGUUACUGUUUAAAUGUAAUCAGUUCAAAUUGGUCAAAAAUCGUUUUAUUUUUCCUUCAUUGAAGUUUUAUUUUGUGGAAUUGCUUUUAAAAUGUAUUAAUGUUAUUUGGAUGCAAGUUAGAACUCACUGAAUGCAAACACGCUUAUAAGUGCAAGCUUCUUCUACCAAUAACAUAUCUAAAUUUCUCGCUUUGGAUAAAUGCAGAAAGCUAAUGAUUUUUUCCAAAAUAUUCACAAAAUCAGAAAGGUUAAAAAUUAAACAAUCAGAAAAUUCCUGUUUACUUAUAGGACAAAGUGUUUGUUUGCAAUUUCACACCAAAUUUAGAAUAUGAGUUAAAUUGCAAAUAAUAACUAAAUGACUCAAAUACAAAAUUUAUCAACAUUCAGAACAGAAAUCGACUAGAAUAUUUUUGCUUAAAUCUAAUAGAAGUUCGUUUAAUUGAAAAUUUGCAUCUGAGUUUGUCGUGUAUCUUUACUAUUGCUCCACAUAUAUAAUUUAAUGUUGAUUUGAAUAAUUAUCGAGCUAAUGAAUACGUGAUAUCGCUCGUUAGUUAGUAAUUAAUAAAACUUUUGACUGUU